AAAGUCGUGUCAUGUGGACAGACGUGGCCUCCGCUUGCAGGAUUGCAGGUGCAGGGGGUGCUCAGUGCCUCUGGGACUCUCCGCGUGCAGCUCUAACUGUGGAGCUUCCGCAGGCUGCAUGCUAAACUUCUUAAGUCCAUGAAGUCCAUGGAGAAUACGAGGGAAUGGAAACAGAAUGGAAUCGAAGGUCUCACCGACUGUCGGACCAUUCUGACAUACCGUCUGUAGUGUUAUCACGUUCCCCCACAUCCCCUCUGCCUCUCGCAUGCUCUCUCGGAAUGGGUCUCCUCACAGGACGGAGAAGGAAAAGAAGGUCCUUUGCCACUUGGCAUGCCCGAGCCUCCAGUGAAGGCCCAAAAUCAUGUUCAUAUCCAUACGCAUGUGUACAUACACUUACAGUUUCUGUACGAUACUAUCCCUGUACACUGUUCUUCCGCCGCCACCUUGCAACACUGCACUAUUAACAUAACAUCGCUUUGUUGCCUCUCAGGUAUGGGAAGCUUUUAACCGGCACUGUAUCGUGAAGAUGUUGGCAAUUUUGAUUGUUGUCGACGUUGCAUAGUUUUCAGCUCUGGGUUUCGCUGCAUUCGGUGACGUUUCCAGCUCGGAGGAUUGCUGAGGGCAUAUUGGAGCCGUGGAUUUUCUACAUCGACCUCCCCUCUCAUUCUCUCUCGUUGGUUCGCCUGUUUGUAAGGGUUGACAAGUUUGGAGAAGGCAGUCGAGCGGUCCGGUGAAUAACUCCAUCGCUGUGUUACAAAGAGUUCAAAAUGGUGCGAUCAAGGUUGUCAGCGGCUGUAGAAAAGCCUAAUCUGGACGUCAUUGUGGAUUUGGGUCAUCCGCUUCUCAACUCCUCCGUCGAUGGUUUCCUCAAAGUCGGUGGAGUCGGUGUAGCCCAUGCGGCUGUGCAAGAUACAUUCCGCAUCCUGAGGAGCGACCAAGUUACGAAAAACGACUUGGAGAAAUUGGUGAGGAGAGCUGGUUUUGAGGGUCUCCAAUGGGGAGCGGUAGCUGGUGUGUACGCUGGAGUGGAAUACUCUUUGAAGAAGGCUUGUGCAAAGAAGCAGGACUGGAGAAACGCUGCCAUUGGAGGGGCAGUGACGGGAGCCCUCCUAUCUGUUGGCGACGGCAGCUUCUCCAGGGACAAGAUGCUUCAGCACGCCCUCACAGGUGCAGGCAUUGCUACAGCAUCCGAGAUCAUCCGCAACCUGGUCUGAGCUCCCCAUUCUCUGCAAACAGGUAGCAUCUCCAUGGCUCCUGCUGCUGCUGCUGCUGCUUAUGCUGCUUUGGAGGAGGAGGAGUAGCAGCAGCAACAGUCUUGUGCUGCCAGGGCCUGAAAACUGUUUUUGAUGGGACUGGGGAUUGCCAUGGCUCGUCUCAUGCUGCUCCUGCUCCAUGUCCAGAGCUUUUGUGAUUGCUGGGGAAAUGGGGCUUGUGCUGCAGACCUCACACAUCCAGAGGAAACCUCACAUUUAUUCAUUCUGAUCCAUCUUCUCUUUCCUUCUUUCCUUUCAUGUUGCCCUUAUUCAGCUUUCCAUUGGAUUCAAACAUCUCUUCCUUGUGUUAUAAAUACCUAUCUAUCUAUCUGUCUCGUUCUCUCUUUCUAGCAGCUGUUGUUUAUUGUAAGCUUUUAGGCUUGAGUGAUCUGUCAUUUGGCAUUCCUAUGAGGUUUUUUAUUUUAUUUUUUAUUUUUUUAUUUUUUAAUAUAUAUAUUAAAAAAUAAAUAAAACUGGUUGUUUUCAUGAGUGUGGUUGUUUGGAGCACACGAGUAGCAUUUUAUCGACGGAUCACACUGGAAUGGUGAAAUACCGUAAUAAAUGGACGUGCAUUUUUAUAAA